AUGGGGCAGCGGCGGCGGGAGCCCUGCGUGGCCUGGCCCCUUCUUCUCCUGGCCCUGGCCGCCGGCUGGGGCUCCGUGGCGGGAGACAUGGCUCUUUCCCGGCGGCAGGACGACUCUUUCUCGGCGGCCAGCAGCGUCUACGGCGCCCGGUGCGCCUCCAGGUGCCUCAGCCUGCAGAUCACGCGCAUCUCCGCCUUCUUCAAGCAUUUCCAGAAUAAUGGUUCCUUGGUUUGGUGCCAGAAUCACAAACAGUGCUCAAAGUGUCUGGAGCCUUGCAAAGAAUCUUGGGACUUGAAGAAAAACCACUGCCAAAGCUUCUGUGAGCCUCUUUUCCCCAAGAAGAACUAUGAAUGCCUUACGAGCUGUGAAUUCCUCAAAUACAUCGUCUCAGUGAAGCAAGGAGACUGCCCAGCACCUGAGAAGGCCAGUGGCUUUGCAGCUGCUUGUGUUGAAAGUUGUGAGGCUGACAGUGAAUGCUCUGGUGUGAAAAAAUGCUGUUCCAACGGAUGUGGACAUACUUGCCAAGUACCAAAAAACCUGUAUAAAGGUGUCCCUCUGAAACCCAGAAAAGAAUUAAAAUUUAAUGAACUUCAGUCGGGACAACUGGAGAUUAAAUGGUCUUCAAAAUUCAAUAUAUCAAUUGAGCCUGUGCUCUAUGUAGUACAAAGGAGAUGGAACUAUGGAAUUCACCCCAGUGAGGAUGAUGCUACCAGUUGGCAAACAGUGGCGCAGACCACAGAUGAGAGACUACAAUUGUCUGACAUCAGGCCAAGCAGGUGGUACCAAUUUCGAGUGGCUGCCAUUAAUGUGCACGGAACACGAGGUUUCACAGCUCCCAGCAAGCACUUUCGUUCUUCAAAAGAUCCAUCAGCUCCGCCGGCCCCAAGUAAUCUUCGAAUAUCAAAUUCUACCAAUAACAGCGAUGGGAGUGUAAAUAUACGGAUUAUCUGGGAUCUCCCAGAGGAACCUGACAUUCCAGUCCACCACUACAAAGUAUUUUGGAGCUGGACGGUCAACAGCAAGUCUCUGGUCCCAUCUAAAAAGAAAAGAAGGAAGACUACAGAUGGGUCUCAGAAUUAUGUCAUCCUUGAAGGCCUCCAGCCCAACAGUAUUUACAUGGUGGAACUACAGGCAGUAACAUACUGGGGUCAAAUACGUCUGAAAAGUGCCAAAGUGUCUCUCUCCUUUAGUUCUACUCAGACAGCUGUUCACAGCAAGGAACAGCUAUCUACAGUUGCAAAAGCACCUGAUGUUCUUCCAUCCUUCAAAGGGAGAAGACCUGCACGUCUUCUUGAAAUUGGAGUGCCUUUUUAUCAAGAUGAUCAGCUUCAGGUCAAAGUCUACUGGAAGAAAACAGAAGAUGUAAGCAGUAGGAGUAGAUACCAUGUCCAGUGGUUUGCAGAAUCUUGUGUGCACAAUGAUACAAAAGGGCCUGAAAAAUCUAGUAGUACAACAUAUGACAACUAUAUAGUACUUCAGAACCUGUCAUUUUCAUGCAAGUACAAAGUCACUGUUCAGCCAGCAAGAUCCAAAGGCCAGCUGAAGGCUGAAACCAUUUUGUUUACAACUCCAACUUGUUCUGAUCUUAAAGGGAAAAAGCACAAGCACAUUAACUGUCCUAUUGAAGAAGCUCUAAUAAUCCCCAAAGUGCUGGCAAAGCCCGAGAAUCUUUCUGCCUCUUUCAUUGUUCAGGACAUCAACAUUACUGGGCACUUUUCCUGGAAAAUAUCAAAAGCAGAUCUUCACCAGCCUAUGACAGGGUUCCAAGUCACUUGGGCAGAAGUUACAACAGAGAGCAGACAAAACAGCUUGCCAAACAGUAUUAUUUCCCAAUCACAGAUAUUGCCAGUUGAUCACUAUGUACUGACAGUGCCCAACCUGAGACCAUCGACUCUUUAUCGUUUAGAAGUACAAGUGUUGACAACAGGUGGAGAGGGGCCUGCAAUGAUAAAAUCAUUCCGAACACCUGAUUUGUUGACAUCUCCACACAGGCCCCAUCUGAAACAACAUCAUCCACAUCACUACAAGCCACCACCUGAAAAAUAUUAAGUUGCACUGGAUUAUUAACUGGCCAGGAAAAAGUAAACACAUACAAGAAUUGCAGGAAGAUUAGAAAUAUGCAUCUGUAUUGGAGUAUGGAAUGAUCUAUGGUUCUAGUACAUGUUCACCUGAUAUGAAUAGGGUUCAGAUAGCUGUGUCAUAUUGAUUGAUGAAAGCGUGCUUGUACUAACUGCAGGAUGAACUAUGUCAUACAAUGGAGAAUUAUGUUAAUGUAACUUAAACAUUCAACUAUGGAAAUAUAAGAGUAUUGAAUUCUAGUGAUUUACUGUCAUCAUAUCAUAUACUGUAUGACACUGUCUUCAGUCUUUUUAACUAUGUGUGUGUGAGUUUGCACAUGUGUAUUAUGCAGAGUUUUAAACAUACAACUGUCAACCAACAUAUGGUCCUGUCAUUGCUUGUCAUAACAAACACAACAUAGUGGCACGAGUUCCAUAUUUUUCUAGUACAUUAAUGCACAAUAGCAGAUACAAGGAAUAUCCCGGCUGUAUUAUCUUAGUCAACAUAUAUUAUAGUGAAAGCCCUAAUGCUAAUAAAUGCUGGCAUAAUCAUGAGAAUGUUGUUGACCCCAGGUGAUCUUGGCAGAAGCGUAUUAGGAGAAAUAAAUAUGUUUUAUACAUAAAUAAUGAUGAAUUUUGUAGAUGUCAUUUUUAGACAUUCACAUGUGAAUGCCAGCAAUCAUAUUUAGGUAUCUCAUAGACUUACCAAAGCAUAUGUAGUUUUUAAAUAUCUAUAUUACAUUUCUAUUGAACAUGUAGAAUUAUAUGUAUCUGAAAUAAACCUCUCAAAAUAAAAUGCCAUUGAACCCAAAAAUGCAUUUUAUUCCUUUAGUAAUAAACUUAAGUUUCAGCCAUGUUUGUUUCCCACUAAUCGUUUUCAGUCAUUAAAAGACAACAAAAGAUAAGCCCCUGUAACCAAUAAUGCUUUUGUUGAUCAAUUGUCUCCAUUGAUGUAAAUGAAUAUAGAAGUCCACAGACAGGGAAGACAAAAAAUUGCAAAGCAUAAUUAAUUUAGGAGUAUUGACAUGAUAUCAUUUUAUGGAACUGACCAACAUGACUGAAACCUUCCAGAAGCUAAUUUUGAAAAAGAAAACCUUGCCUAAAUGAUAUUUAGUAAUUCAUUUUUGGAUCAUAUCUUCAGAUAUACAGUUAAUUAUUUUAAAUUGAUCAUCUUGCUUUUUAAGCAUGAUUUGACAUGAAAUAUGGGAAGUUUAUAGAUAACUUUACAUUAAAUGUGAACACACAGAUCUGAUAUUGGUCCUGGGAUAAAUAAUUUUCCCUUCCUGCCCCAUGCUGUCAACUUAGUGGAAACUUAAGAGAACUGUGGCACCUUUCUUUGAAUUUAUGUGGUUGAUCUUUUUUAAGAAGCUGAAUUAAAAGUUCUCUUUUAAUGCUCUUAGUCUGCUCCCAGAGAAGAUGAAAAUUAAGCAUGGACUGCUGUCUUAAAGAAUGAGAUGCCUUUCAAUAUGAGUCUUUUUUAUUUUUAAUUUUUUUUGAAAAUACAAGGCAAAGACAGGUUUACACCAUAAGCAAUAGUAUGCUUGAUAGUUUUGUGGAUACACAUGUAGAUUAGGGCUGGAAAUCAUGAGCCAUGCAGAUGCUGAACUGCAGUUCCUAGCAUUCCUCACCACUGGCAAUGCUGGCUAGGGCUCAUGAGAUCUGCAAUCCAAUAAUAUCUGGAAAACCGCAUGAUUAUAAUCAUGAAGCAAACUCAAUUAUACAAGAUAGUAAUUACAGUUCUGAUGUCAAGAGGUAUAGUUCUAUUGCUAGAAUAUAGUUUUCAUGUUGUCUAAUACCAUCCAAGACAGUGGAUGCAAGUCACUUGUAACAAACCAUAAGUUGAACUUUCUAUUUUAUUUCAAUAGAAAUAGGACAGACACAAAUGUGCAUACACACACACACUUGUUGCAGUUCAUAUUUUCUGUGAAUUCAAACUUAUCUGUUGAAGCUGAUUUACACUAUCAGUUGCAAGUAAUAAUCUCUUGAGAAAUCAAGUGAUCUAUGUGCGUAAAUGUUUUAAAACUUAAAACAAAAUUUUCAUUGGUGUCGUUUCUGAAAAGAGUUAUUUGAAUGCUUACAUUGCAUUGAAAUCACAGAGUGGUUGUCAACACAGGAAUAUGCUGUGGCAAAACUAUCUGCUGCCUUAAAAACAUAAAGCCAGACCUAUUGUUUUAUUCUAAUGGUGGUAUAAAGGCAGCUGCAAUAAUCAUUAUUUAUUUUUAGAUUAUGCCAUGUUUGUUUCAUUUAUUCUUUUUUGUUAUAAAGUAUUCUAAAAUUAUUUCUCAAUACCUGUAUUGAGAAAUAUACAUUAUUAUAAAGAUCAUUCCCUGUACAUCUGUACACCUGUAGCCCAGGAAAUACAAUGCUUAUAAGUUGUUGCAUGUUUUCUUUUAAGUUCCAGAAGUUUAUUUAAAACAAAUAAAUUAAUACCUUCAGAUGUUGAUGGCUCUAUAUAGUUUGGCAUGCCAAAACUCAUAAUUCAGUUAUAGGCAUGAAAUGUAUGACUGACUGUAUUACCUCUAUUGAAUAUAUUGGUAAGAAACAAUUUACAAAAUAAUUAACAGAGAUUCUAUAAGUAAAAAAAAAAUAUUUUCCCUUUUAUGUUAUAUUGUAGUGUGGACUGGAGAUAACAGAGCUACUUAUCGGUUGACUAAAUUGGCUGUAGAAAUCAUGUUCUUUAUAACAGACAUUUAAAAGUCAGUAUUUAUUUAUAUAUGUUCUACAAAAGAGGGUUAAUUUGUGUAAGUGUGUGUCAUGUUACUUAGAAUAAUGUAAAAACCAUUUUGUAAAAAUAUUGUAAAUAGUCUGCUCUGUUUCUCAUUAUUUUCAUGUUUAGAUUUUGUACAUAUGUUUAAGUAAUAAACUACCCUUAUAUAUAGAAA